AUUUUGUUAAUGUUGCAAAAUGAAAUUAAUUAAGAUUAAAUAGUAAUCUAUUUGUUCCAACUUCAAAACUUGCUGCAUACGACAUACACACAUAACUCAUAUACACACCGCACAAUACAUGCGACAUGUACAUUGUGCCACGUUGGCAGUCUUUAGUGCGACAUGAUUUUCACAGGCUAGAUAUUGCUCCGUUAACAUUUCGUAUUAUCAAAGUGAAUACUGCGGAUACAAAAAUUGCAAUUUGAGGCAGUCUCGAGAGCGUAAAUCCGUCUAUGACUCGAAUUUGGCGUGCGUUCGUGAGGGUGGGGCAGGAACAGCUCGAAGCUGAUCGUCGGUAGCUCUUCGCGUUACUCGGUGACUGUCCGUGGCGAUCACAUGUGUCGAGAGCUAGCUACUUGCUAGCUACUUGCAGUGCAGUGAUUCUUAAUUGUCGACUCUCUGUUCGAUGACAGCGUUGCAGUGACACGAAAAUUGUGAAUACAUUUGGUCGAAGCAAGGUUUCAUAUGUUAGGUAGUGAUGUCGUCGGAUCUACUUGAUCUGUUAGGGGACACGUUUCUCGAUGGAGACAUUAAAGAUGAACUGUUUGAUCAUAAUUACGAUGACGACGUCAUCACGGCGGAAGAAUGCCCGGCAAACCCAGAAGACAUAUUUUCGUUCUUAAAGAUGGAGGAAGAUCCACAACUGGACUUCAGCUUAAUCGGAAAGGAUCUGGAAACAAUCCCGUCCUCUUCGUCGGACAGCGGGCUUUCUAGUACGUUGAGCCUCUGCUAUGAACAGCAAUUGAGUCCGUUCCUGUCGAAAAGUAGUAAUGAGGAAGGAUCACAGAUCGACGUUAAUAACUCCGAUUCAAACAGUCCACAAAAUUUUGUAGACUUUGAGCCGGUGGCUAGUCCGUUCGUGGGCAGUAUAGAUAGUCCUGUUAGAUCUGUCACGAGUUCGAAUAUUGGUUCACCAGCCACUGAUGCGGCUGAAGAGAUGGACUACGAGCAAACCUUGGUCGCUGUUGUAACACCGAACAAUACUAUGCCAAAUGCAAACGCUAUUAUUGCGGGACAGACAAUUGAUAUCGAUUCAGCAUCUGAUCAACAGAAACAUAUUGUGUCACAAGAAAACACCAUAAACAUUCGGAAUUUGAACUUGCAAUGUAACGGGAAACGAAACGUACGACAAUUGAUACGAGUCACACCGAUGGGUUCUGGUAAUCCGCGGUCUAUUUUGCUACCAGUUUCUCUAAAGGAUAUGAAGGAAGUUCGAACUAUUAAAAUCCUGACUGGCAUGCAAGCGAAAAAUCUGAAAGGCUUCAAAAUCAAUCAGAUGACUAUUAAGCAAGAGGAUUCGAACAGUGACAAAAGCAAUUCCAGCGAUGAAGUACCGUCGGAAACGGAUUCGCCCUAUCCGCGAUUGAAGUUAAACGCUGAGGAGAAACGGCUGUUACAAAAGGAGGGCAUUACAUUGCCUAGUCAUUAUCCACUGACGAAGCACGAGGAGCGUGAAUUAAAAAGAAUCAGGCGCAAAAUCCGCAAUAAGAUAUCGGCGCAAGAUUCGCGCAAGAGAAAAAAGGAAUAUGUGGACGGCCUGGAAGACCGCGUGAAACAAUGUACGGAGGAGAACAUAACGUUGCUGAAGCGUAUCAAGGCGUUACAAUCACAAAAUCAAAGCUUAGCCGGCCAGUUGAAAAGACUGCAGGCGCUUAUACAGAAAGGCAACAAGAGCGCUCAGCCGGCAACCUGUUUAAUGGUAUUGUUACUGUCGUUAGCUCUUGUUGCUUUACCGAACUUGCGGUCACACUCUAACAACAAUAACAACGACUUGACACAAGAUCAAGAGCAACCAGAAAAAACAUCAUUGUCAGGUCGCUCCAGGACUUUACUGUACACAAAACAGCUCAUGGGCGAAGAAUUACAGCAGUAUGGUGAAGAGCUAUUGCAAGAGGUUGAGGGCCUUUUGGAUCACGAUUAUAGCCCAAUAAUACAGAUGCCUCUUUACAAGCGUCCCCGUCUUGACAAUGAAGCUGUACCCAAGUACGUCUCCCCUAUGAAUCACGUAGGAGGAACGCUUGGUUUAAAGGCAUCCGAUCUUGCCAUCAUGAAAACGAAAAGGCAGUACAUUGAACCACCGUUAGACGAUGUGUGGCCGCCACCGAGUCCAGGUGGGCAGAAAAGAACUAAGAUGGUCGACAAACUCGAAGCUCUCACUAACGAGCUUAAGAUCAACAUUUCUGAUGCUGAAGGUACCAGAACGGUGCUCCUGAAAGUGCCUCACGAUAAGUGAACGAAACAAAAUCCGCCGUUUUGCAACACGAUAAAAUUAGAUUGAAAUUCAAAGAUAAACGAAUAUCAUUUUACACCAAUCUUAUUUUAUUGCAAUGGCUGCGAGAAGACAAAUUCGAUUUUUUACAAUCACAUCAGAAUAUUAGCUGAUCACUUGCAUGCGAAAUUCGAAUUUUUUAUAUCGGAGAUAGUUAUUAUAUUAAAAAAUAUAAUACAUAGAUGUGCAAUUAAUAUGUGUAAAUCCUACACAUUUUUCAGAUAUCAGUUACUUAGUGAUACUUUUUAAAAAAGCCAUCCCAUAUAUUAAUGUAUACAUUACACAUAUACACACGUGCAACGCACGCAUGCGUGCAUACAUAUUUCGCGCCUUAUAUUUUUCAGAAAGAGAAAACGAUUUUUAUGUAUUAGACAAAUUCGAGGAUCUACUUAUUUAUAUGAAAAAUUAUAUGAUUAUCUUAUGUAAUAGUUUAAAGAUUGCAAUUAUUAUUAUCAUUAUUAGCAUAAUCGAUAUAAUAUCGAAAAUAAUGAUAUAAAAAGAUUUGUAAAUAAUUAUAUUAAGUAUAUCAUGAAAGCUAUGGCGUACUAUUAGCUUUAAUAUUAACUCGGCGACUCUUAUUGAUAGUUCAGUUAAUAGUAAUUGUAAGAAAUAAGUUAGAGUAAUUAUACACGUAUGUACAACUAUACAUAUGCAAAUAACAUCUAUACAAAACUAUACAAUUCGAAAAUUCUCUAUGUAACUCGCGUAUCUUUAAUUACGCGGGAACGUUUGAUUUAACAUUGUUAUUUUAGUCAAAAUAUCACUGUUAUAUUUGCUGAAACAUUUUGAUGUGUCUUUCUCCUUCCCAAUAUGAAACCAUUUCUCAUCAAUUUUAUUACAAAGUGUCAGUGAUCGCUCAGUUGAUGCAGAAAAGAAACAAAAAUAACAAAAUAAUAUUAAAUUCUUGAUAAAGUUGUAUUGUCAAUAAUAUUAGUAAUAUUUGUCAACUACACUUCUGCGUGAUAUUUAUUUUGUUAUUUAGGAUAAUGUACGAUAAUAUGCGCAUAGCAACAUCUUAAAUACGUAAUGCAUGAAUUAUUUGUACUAGCAGAAAGUCAGGCGGAAUUGAAAAAGAUGUUAUUUGAUAUCGUUUAUAAUUUUGCAAGUAAUCAUAUCUAGAAGAGACUUAUCUAUAUCUAGAAUAGUACACAGUUCCAUUAAAUAAUAAAGACUGUAUUAUAGGAAGCAUACACAUUCUCUAUAUCUCUUCGAAUUCCAAAUAUCGUUCGUUUAAUGAUUUUUUUCCACUAAAUUAGAAUAUAUCUGAUAACGAAGUAAUUUUUAAUUAUAUAUGUUUAAACAUCUGUGUGUAUGUUGUAUAUGUGAGUGUUAUGUGUAUGACGUAUACAUACGCGCGCGUGCACACGCACAUACACACAUAGAUAUAUUACAUGUAUACACAAAAUUGUAAAUAAAAUAUGUAAUUCGUGGUUGAAUUUUGCAUAAUAACUUGUACUUGUUAUCUCAGAAGUAUACUACCGAGA